AUGGGUAACGCUCUUGGGACGCUGAUGGCCAAAACCCCGCAGUGCAAUGGCGGAUUUGACGCAGAUGAUAUAGAAGGAGAGGUCGCCAUUGUCAAGAGCAAUGGUGUCACCAAGAUGCUGAAUGGAGCCGAAUAUCGCUUUGGCUUGGUGACAUCAAGUGCUUCAAGCACAUCCUCGAAGUCGACCGUUGAUACCAAUUCAGUCAGCAGUGCCUCAUCGUCUGCACUUUCCAAAUCUUCGAUAAAGGAUGAAGAUCAUGGUCAAUAUGCUCCAAGGAUCAAGGAACUCACUGAAGAGAUAAAGAAGGCAGCUGAACUGAAGCAAAUCAAUACACAACGUAUGGUUGAUGCCGUGAAUGAAGUCAAGAAACUUGAAGUUGAAUUAGACAGAGCAGGACAGAAUCUUAGCCAGAUUCAGCAAAAGUUCAACGACCACGAAGCCACCGUUGCUGAUUUGCGCCUACGAGCCAAGAAAGUUCACGAGCAGUUGCUGAUCGCUCGCGAAGCGGACAAAAGGCGCAACGCUGUGUGAUUUUAGAAAAGUCAAGAAAAUAUGGUUACAUGAAUUCGCAGGGCCGUUUGUGUGAUAUUCGGGAUAAAGAUUGUUGGAG